AUGACAAGAGCUUACGUGCAACUCGUGGGAGGAGGGGAUGGGCAGCGGGCUUUGGUAGGAGCUGACAGGCCUAUAGGCGGCACUGAUCGCCAGCAGCAUGGGGUGGCACGAGCUGGCGCGCAGCAGGUGGUGGGUGAAUGGAGUGAGGAGUUGGAAGGCGGCAGGAGUGGUGAUCAGAGGCCUUCGGAAGGAGAUAGUGAAGAGGGAGUAAGGGAGAGCGUGGGAGAGGACGAGGGGGGGGAUGGUGUGGGGAGCAUGAGUUUGCACGGCCACAGCGAAGUAGUUCGUGGUGCGGGGAGGGGAAGGGGCGGGCGGGCGCGCAGGCAAGGAGGCCAUUUGCUGCGCCUGGCUGGCGUGGUUGCAGCGUUUGCUCUGGGGAGGUCUGUUCUUGCUUUUGAGUUACCAUUUUUGGAGUUAGGAAAUAAUGUCACGUACCUUGCUGAAAUGGGGCAACAUCAGGGCUGA